AUGUUUCUCUCAAGCAAAAUCCUUUCAACGGGAUUCGACGGUUUAGGAUUGCGCUGGUCUGUCAUACCCCGACGUGUUCGCAUCAUUGAUGUUGGUCCAAGGGAUGGACUACAGAAUGAGAAGAAGAUUGUUUCUACUGAAAAGAAGCUCAAAUUAAUCAACAAAUUAGCUGAUGCCGGAGUUGGGGGAGUAGAAGCAACAUCCUUUGUUUCACCAAAGUGGAUUCCUCAGAUGCAGGAUCAUGAGGCUGUCGCAGCUGCUCUGCAAGAACUUCAAAAACCAAACGUUUCAUUUCCGGUUCUCGUUCCCAAUCUGCAUGGGUUUAACAAAGCUUUAAAAUUCGGGGUUAAAGAAGUUGCAAUUUUUACAGCAGCAACUGAAUCAUUCACGAAGCACAAUACGAACUGUACUUUAGAAAGCAGCUUGGAACGCUGUGGUGCGAUUCUUGCUGCUGCUGGCGCACUUCAAGGGAUCCGAGUCCGAGGGAAACGUGGAAGCAACCCAGGUGAUCAAGCCGCUCAAAUACUUGCUAGAUGCUGGUAUGUCGUCUUCUUGCUUGAUUGUCUGAACAAACAGAUGUGUUACCCAGGAUGUUAUGAAGUCUCCUUGGCGGAUACAAUGGGGACUGCAACGCCCGGAAGUACAGAUAAACUACUUCGAGCAAUUGGUGAAUACGAUAUGGGAUUGUUGCACCGAAUAGCAAUGCAUUUCCAUGAUACAAGAAAGCAAGGCCUAGCAAACGUGUUAGCAGCACUACAGUUUGGUAUACAUACAUUCGAUUCAAGCGUUGCCGGAUUGGGAGGAUGCCCUUAUGCGCCGGGCGCCACAGGGAAUCUCGCCACAGAGUCGCUGGUUUAUUUAUUAACUGGAAUGGGAAUUCAACACGGUAUUGAUCUAGAAAAACUUACAGACGCAUCAACAUUUGCCAAAGAGUUGAUACAAUAA